AUGGAUGUUUUAAUUCAUCAUGGUAUCCAUCAUACUAAUCAAGCAUUCAGUGCUAUUGGCCAAAUGAAGAGUCGAGAUGAAUUAUGCGACGUUGAAUUAAUCGUCGAUGGUAAUCGUUUAAAAGCACAUAAAUUGAUCUUGGCUUCAUUUAGUCCAUACUUCCAUGCCAUGUUUACCAGUCAAUUAGCAGAAAGUCAAUCCAAUACUGUAACAUUGCAUGAUAUUGAUUUUGAAGCUCUAAAAACUUUAGUCGAUUAUACUUAUACUUCGGUCAUCGAUAUCAACCAACAUAACGUCCAGGUAUUGCUAUCCACUGCUAGCAUGCUGCAAAUGAAUUGUGUACGUGAUUCCUGUUGUAAAUUUUUAAAAACACAGCUCCAUCCUUCAAAUUGCUUAGGAAUAAUAGCCUUUGCUGAUACUCACUCUUGUAAUGAACUGCAUCAGCUAUCACAUGAAUUUGCCCUUGGACAUUUUAAAGAAGUUAUUCAAAGCGAAGAAUAUGUUUUAUUAUCUUAUAAUCAAGUUGAAAGUUUAAUUAGCUCAGAUGUCAUGAAUGUAGACAGCGAAGAAUGCGUCUUUCAAGCUGUCAUGUCGUGGAUAGAUCACGAUCGAGCAAAUAGGCAAAAAUAUGUCGUCAACUUAAUACAACAUGUUCGCCUACCACUUGUUUCACGUGAUUUCCUGUUAUUGCAUGUGGAAACAAAUGAACUUAUUCGAAAUUGCAAUGAAUGCAAAGAUUUAUUAAUAGAGGCAAUGAGAUAUCAACUAUGGCCAGAAAAAAGAUCUCUUUAUCAAAAUUUUCGAACUCAAUAUCGUCGAUUAUGUGGUACGUCAAAAGUAGCUAUUAGCAUUGGAGGUGGUAGCCUCUUUUCUAUCCAUAGCGAAUGUGAAAUUUAUGAUAUUAACCGAGAUAGUUGGAUACCGGUAGCAUCAAUGGCAGAGCGCCGCGCACGUCUUGGCGUAGCUGUUAUUAAUAAUACUGUAUACGCUAUCGGUGGCUAUGACGGUGGUAGUGAUCUUAACUCAGUCGAAUGUUACUUACCCCAAACCAACACUUGGACUUUAAUCCAAUCGCUAGGUACUAGACGUAGUGGCUUAGGUGUAGCUGUAACAUCAAACUUAAUUUUCGCAAUAGGUGGAUAUGACGGAGCUUUGUGCUUAAACAGUGUUGAAAGGUACGAUCCGUUAACAAAUCAAUGGAGUUGUGUAGCAGACUUAAAUUCUAGACGUCGCUAUGUUCGUGGAGCUACCUUAAAUGAUUGUAUCUACGCUAUCGGUGGUUUUGAUGGUGGUAUCCACUUAGCUAGUGUAGAAUGCUAUGAUCUGAACCUAAAUCAAUGGAAACAAUCUGCGUCCAUGCUAGCUCGACGUAGUAGUGCUGGUGUUACUGUUGUUGAUAAUAUACUUUAUGUGUGCGGCGGUAAUGAUGGUUCUAAUUGUUUGCGAAGUUUCGAAAAAUAUGACCCUGAAAAGGACGAAUGGAUUUCAUUGCCACCAAUGAAUAGUAAAAGGAGUACUCAUGAUGUGAUCGCGGUCGAUGGUUGGAUAUACGCAAUUGGUGGCAACGAUGGAAGUGCAAGCUUAAGUUCUGUUGAAAAGUAUUCCAUUGCGGCAAAUAAAUGGUAUCCAUCAUCUGCUAUGAAUAUGCGCAGGAGCAGCGUUGGUGUUGCCUUCUGUGAGGUCCUUUUACACGAAUGA